ACAGCUGUCAUCAACACUUGUUAAACAAGUUUCCUUUUAAUUAUCUUCUGCUAGUACACCCAGCCCUUAAAAUCCCAGGUAUUACUCUGGUUAGUGCAUUUACCUGAGAACCACUGAUCAGGACAAAGAAGUACAGAAGUUUCCUUUACCUCUAUUGACACCAACAGCCCAUAUAUCAGCACAUUAUGUAUAGACCAGUCACAGUUUCCCGCACGUCUCUGCCACUAUGGAUGAUUGCCCUCAUUGUGUUUGGAGUGCUGGCAAUCCUGGGAAUAACGGUUGGUCUCCUGGUUUAUUUUCUGGCAGUAGAAAACAUGGUUUAUUACUACCAAGGUAGAUUUACAGUGUUGGAUAUCCCACAUAAUGAAAAUUAUGCAAGAGAGACAUCACCAGAAAAUAACUAUCUUAGUAAAAUUCUCGAGACUAAGAUGGCUGAUGCAUUUCAGAGUUCUAGCAUUUACAGACAAUAUAUCAAUUCUCAAGUCAUUACACUGGAUCCUGAUAACAACAGCGUGAUAGCACAUAUAUGGCUGAUAUUCAAGUCUCCCAGAUCAAUGAAGGAAAACACGAGAAGAAGAAUUGAAACCAUCUUACAUCAGGCACUGAAUAACCACUCAGGAUCCUUGAACAUAGAUCCUAAUUCUCUUAGCCUGACAGAAAUCAGUAAGACCACUGCUGAAAAAAUUAUCAACAACCGCUGUGGGAGAAGAGCAAGGAUGUCAGCUACACAUGAUAGAGUCAGGGGAGGUUCCAAUGCUCGGGAAGGAGAAUGGCCCUGGCAAGCAAGUCUCAAAAUCAAUGGCCGACACUACUGUGGGGCAUCUUUGAUUGGUAAAAGACACUUGGUGACUGCAGCUCACUGCUUUCAAAAGACACCUAAUCCAAAAAACUAUACUGUCAGCUUUGGCACCCUAGUAACUCCACCAUAUAUGCAACAUUAUGUUCAACAAAUCAUUAUUCAUGAAAACUACGUCCCGGGUGAACAUCACGAUGAUAUUGCAGUUGUACUGCUCACUGAAGAAGUUCCAUUUCAGAACGAUGUGCAUCGAGUUUGUCUUCCUGAAGCCACACAGAUUUUUCUACCAGGUGAAGGAGUUGUUGUUACAGGAUGGGGAGCACUUUUUUAUAAUGGUGACUACCCAUUGUUACUUCAGAAAGCACCUGUGAAGAUUAUUGAUACAAACACCUGUAACUCUAGGGAAGCAUAUAAUGGUAUGGUACAGGACACGAUGCUAUGUGCUGGGUACAUGGAAGGAAAUAUUGAUGCUUGCCAGGGUGACUCUGGAGGACCAUUGGUUUACCCCAAUUCUCGCAAUAUUUGGUACCUUGUUGGAAUAGUGAGCUGGGGAGAAGAAUGCGGCAAGAUCAACAAGCCUGGUGUCUACAUGCGGGUGACCGCCUACCGCAACUGGAUUGCCUCCAAGACUGGUAUCUAAGAGAAAAGCAUCUUGUCAAAACUAUCUUAGGUCGUUUUUACCCAUUACUUCUAAGCCUUAUGUAACAUGCAUUUUAAAUUAGUGUAUAUAGUG